AUGGCUGCUCUCCCAGAAUUACACGAAGCACAGCAAACUGCAGGGGAGAAGGUGUGCUGCUGCUGCAGCUGCUGGGUGGGCCACGUCCUGCCUCCUUCAAAGAGCUCCAAGGGCAUGUGGAUGGUGCUUCUGGUGGGAAUUGGCUGUGCGGUGGGAUGCGUGAGCUGCCCAAAGGAAUGCACUUGCCAGUAUCUGGCCGUGAACUGCACAGGGAAACAGCUGGAGGAGUUUCCAUCCACCAUCCCCCUGGACACCCGGCAGCUGAUUCUGGCGCAAAACAAACUCAGCCAUUUGCCAUCAGUGGAGCUCAACUUCCUCGGUGACUUGAUCUACCUGGACUGCCGUGGCAAUGCGCUCGGGGAGGACUUGGACUUCACCUUUGUCAGCAUCAUCAAGCUGGUCUAUUUGGACCUCAGCUUCAACAACCUCACACAAGUCACGUUUGGCACCUUUUCCCAGCUCAGUAGCCUGGUAGUGCUGAAGCUCUCAGACAACCCCAGCCUGGUAGAGAUCGAGAAGGACUCCUUUGCCAACAACACCUGGCUGAGGCACCUGGAUGUCAGCCGCUGCGGCCUGGCGUUCAUAGACACGAGCACUGUCCGGGACCUGCCCAACUUGAGAAGCCUAGGCUUAGGUGGGAAUCCCUGGUUUUGUAACUGCUCCUUUGUGGAACUCUUCAACUGGAUGAAAGAGAGCGGAGUAACUUUUCUAGCUUUGCAACACGUUGAGCAUGAAGACAACACCACCUGCUACAGUCCAGCGUUCAUGCAUGGCUUGAGAAUGCUGGAAGAGGGCCCAGAACAGCUCCACUACAAGUGCUACAUCCAUUUUGACGACCAAGAUUAUCUGUUCCUGGGCCUGAUUGGCUUCUGCAUCUUCUCAGCGGGCACAGUAUUGGCCUGGCUUUUGGGAGUCUGUGCGGUCAUAUAUGAAUUCUUGACCGCCUCCAAUGAGGAUGAGGAAAAUGUUGAGGAAGAUGAAACAGCCCAACAUCAAUAUGGUGUCAUUCAAGGACAUCACGGAGAAGCCCACUUCUCACCCCAGUCUUCAGAGAUUGCCUGCCGGCACGCUUUUUGCAAGCGGAGCCAGGCGGCAAACGAGUCGGUAGCGGAAUACGUGGCGGCUUUGCGCAAUGCUGCGCGUCCAUGCAACUUCGCGAACAUCGAUGAGGCCCUUUGA